CGCAGCAGGUCUGACAGCUGAUCAGUCGGACAUGGCGGCCGCUGCUGCAGGAGGAACCUCCGUCUGUUCUCACCUCUGUCAGAAGGAGCGAGAAUAACCUCAACCGAUGCUGCUGAAGGGACGUUUGUCCCCGGGUCGUCUCUCUGGUUGUUACUAAUCAUUUGUCCGGCAUGUUGGUGAGGUCUGAGACCUGAGAGAACACCAACAACAACAGCAGCAGCUGCUGGAGGCCGGGUCCCUCACCUGUACCGGGAUGUCUCCCAGGUGAUAUCUGGCCCUCUCUGUGAACCGGCUCCCCCACACCUCUUCUGACGAUGUCAUCACCGCCAGCGAAGCCGCCGGCCACCUCGCCGCCGCCCAGAUCGCCGCCGCAGGCCUCCGCUGCCCUCGACAACCUGUCCAUAUCCUCUCUCCUCUCCGGGGAUCUCGACAACGACGAGGACGGAGAAAGAGGGGAACAGGAAGGACUGGGGGACCUAGAAGUGAACCCGUACGACGGUUUGCCCUUUUCUUCACGCUACUACGCGCUUCUGGAAGAGAGGCGGCAGUUUCCCGUGUGGAGGCUCCGGCAGAGUCUCCUGGAGCAUCUGGAGGGCCACAACAUGCUGCUGCUCAGCGCAGCCAGCGCGUCUGGAAAGAGCUCUCAGGUCCCUCAGUGGUGUGUGGAGUACGCCUUGUCCCACGACUUCGCCCACGGCCUGGUGUGCUGCUCGCAGCCUCACUCGGUGGCCGCCGUGAGUCUGGCGCUGCGCGUGGCCGACGAGAUGGACCUCAGUCUGGGCCUGGAGGUCGGAUACCGGGUGGCUCACGACGACAGCUGCACACCGGACACCUUGCUCAGGUUUGUCAGCGACGCUCUCCUGCUGGAAGAGAUGAUGUCCGACCCUCUGCUGCAUCAGUACGGCGUGGUGAUCCUGGACGAGCUCCAGGAGCGAACGGUGCCCACCGACGUGCUGCUGGGUUUGCUCUGCGACGUCUGCCGGCAGAGGCCGGACAACUUCCGGGUGGUGCUGCUCUCCCACCCGACGCUCGCGCCGCGCCUCUCGGCCUUCCUGGGGCCCUCCGUCCCCCACGUCUGCCUGGAAACCCUGCACACGGAGACGAGCACCGACACAGACCUGGAGAAGGAGACGGGAGCGGAGGAUGUGAAGAAGGCUGUGGACUCGAAGGAGACGGAGAUCCUGUACAGGGAGCUCUCGUCGGGGAAGGAACCUGUAGCUGCUGCCUGCCACAUGGUGCUGGAUCUGCACCGACGAGGAGAAGGGGGAGAUGUGAUGGUGUUCCUGGCCAGUGCACAGGAAAUUGAGGAGUGCGUGUCCCUGCUGGAGAAGGAGUGUGUCGCUCUGAGUCCGCAGCUCGGCCCGCUCAGGUUCCUCCCGCUCCACGACGGCCUCGGCGCGCUCACCCAGCGGGUGUACGAGUCUGACCCUGACGUCGCCGCGCUGAGGGAGGAGAGCUCGGCGCCGGCACCCGGGAGCGUCAGGAGGAGGGUCAUCGUCACGGACGCGCUCGCAGAGGCUUCCUUCUCCCUGCAGGGAGUCCGCUACGUCAUCGACACGGGCCUUCAGCUCAAAACUGUUUACAAUCCACAAAUCAGAGCUAACUCGCAGGUCCUGAGGACGAUCAGCAAACACCAGGCCGACAUGCGGAGUCAGAGGGUGCAGAGCAAACUCCCAGGGCUGUGUGUCCGUCUGUACGGCCAGAGUCUGUACGAGGACGGCAUGGAGGAGGAUCACUGCCCCGGCGUGGUGGAGGAGAACCUCAGCCACCUGGUGCUGCUGCUCAAGAGACUGGACAUCGCUGACAUGGGACAGUGCAAGUUCCUGGACAGACCAGCUCCUGAAGCUCUCAUGCAGGCCUUGGAGGACCUGGACUACCUCGCAGCGCUGGACGAUGACGGCAAUCUGUCUGAGGUGGGGAUCAUCAUGUCUGAGCUGCCGCUGGAGCCGCCGCUGGCCAAGGCCCUGAUCGCCGCCUGCGAGUACGACUGCGUGAACGAGCUGCUCACGAUAGCGGCCAUGCUCACAGCUCCCUCCUGUUUCAUGACUACAGAGCCGAGCAGAGAGGAGGCUGCAGUCGCACUCUGGCGACCUCUGAUGCACGCGGAGGGAGACCACAUGACUCUCAUCAACAUUUACAACGCCUUCUUGGAGCACAAUCAGGACGAGGCGUGGUGCACUGCAAACUUCCUGAGUGCCGCCGCCCUGCGUCUCGCCGUGGUCAUCAGGGCGGAGCUGCUGGAGGUGAUGCAGAGAAUAGAGCUUCCUGUGUCGCCCCCUGCCUUCGGCUGCCAGGACAACUGCACUAAUAUAAAGCGAGCGCUUAUCUCAGGGUUCUUCCUCAAGGUGGCCCACGAUGUGGAUGGUUCUGGUAACUACCUCCUCCUGACUCACCGCCACGUGGCUCACCUUCACCCGUUCUCCUCGUACCGGUGCCGCCAGCCGCGCCCCGGCCCGCCCUCCUGGGUCCUGUAUCAGGAAUUCACCAUCUCCCGUGACAACUGCAUCCGCAUCGCGUCUGAAGUCCACCCUCAGAUGCUGGUGGAACUGGCCCCUCAGUACUACCUGGGAAACCUGCCCUCCAGCGACGGGAAGGAGCUGCUGGUGGAGCUCAGACAGAGUCUGGAGCCUCCGUCGGACGACGACUCGGCUUCACACGGGCAAAACAGGACUCUGAGAGAAGCCGACAGGACCGAAGACGCUCACAAUCAGUCCAGCACUGAGCUCUGCGUCGUCCAAUGAGACGGAAGAGGAGGCGGAGCUUAUACACACUGCAGAAACUCAAAAUCUUAACAAGAAUAUUUGUCUUAUUUCUGGUUAAAAUUUCUAAUUUUUAGUCAAAAAAAUCUCAUUACACUUAAAACAAGACUCGUCACUGGAAAAAGCAACUAUUUUCACCUGUUUCAAGUAGAUUUUCACUUAAAAUAAGUGGAAAAAUCUGCCAGUGGAUGUUUUUGCUUGUAAUGAGAAGAUAAAUCUUGUCCCACUGGCAGAUUUUUCUACUUAUUUCAAGUGAAAAUUUACUUGAAACAGGUGAAAAUUAUCAAAUAAGUUAUUUUUCUGGUGAUGACUCUUGUUUUAAGUGUAAUGAGAUUUUUUUUUUACUAAAAAUGAGACAUUUUAACUAGAAAUAAAACAAAUAUUUCUGGUAAGAUUUUGAGUUUUUGCAGUGCAGGAAAGGACUUGUUUGAGCCGCAUUUUGGUAAUAACGGUGCAUUUUGUAAUAAACGUCCAAAAUGUAAUAAUUUUGUCAUUUCAUUUUGUAAUAAAGCCGCAUUUUGUAAUAAACUACCCCAAAGCAUUUUGUAAUACAUAUUGCCGCAUUAUGUAAUAAGUUAUUGCAUUUUGAGAAGAUUAUUACAAAAUGCACUUGCAACUUUUUUAUUCUCCAGAAAAUGUAUUAACAUGACGCAUUAUGUAAUAACAAUUCUAAAGCAUAGUUUAUUUGUUUGUUAUUGGCCUAUAUAAUUCCAAACUUCAAAUAGGCAACUAAAGUUAUAUUUGGAGUAUUAUACAUAGAUGUAUUGGGCUACAUAGCUCUAAGAGAAAUUGCAUAAAAAAGAACAAAAGUCACUCUUGUAUGAAUUCAUUGUUAAACAAACAACAAUAAUAAUAGGUAUUAUUACAUAAUGCACUAUGUUAUCACAUUUCCUAGAAAAUAAAACGUUGCAAGUGCAUUUUAUAAUAAUCUUCUCAAAAUGCAAACAUUUAUUACAUAAUGUGGCAAAAUGUAUUACAAAAUGCGGUUUUAUUACAAAAUGAAAUGAAAAAGUUAUUACAUUUUGGACGUUUAUUACAAAUUGCACCGUUAUUACAAAAUGCAGCUCAACAGGACUCCACAGUUGCAGUUGUCACUUUAUUAUUUGAUCUGAGAUUUGGUACCUUCUUUUUUUUCUUUUUUUCUAACCUAUGAAAUUUUUGAGGUUUCGAUGUGCAGUUUUCCAAAGGACCUCUGUUAGAGAACACUAAUGUAAAAUGAAGUGCGGUUCUUGAUGAAUCCUCCAUACCGUGGAUGUGGAAGGCUCAUUUAUGUCUGAAGUCUUUAUUUAAUUGUUGUCACAAGUCUAUAUUUAAGGCAAAAAAGAACGCACUACAUCAGUCUGCAGAGACACACUGCAAAAACUCAAAAUCUUACCAGGAAUAUUUGUCUUAUUUCUGGUUAAAAUGUCUAAUUUUUAGUCAAAAAAAUCUCAUUACACUUAAAACAAGAGUCAUUACCAGAAAAAUAACUUAUUUGACAAUUUUCACCUGUUUCAAGUAAAUUUUCACUUGAAAUAAGCAGAAAAAUCUGCCAGUGGGACAAGAUUUAUCUUCUCAUUACAAGCAAAAAAAUCUUGUUCCACUGGCAGAUUUUUCUACUUAUUUUAAGUGUAAUGAUCUUGUUAAGAUUUUGAGUUUUUGCAGUGCAAGUCUUAUAUUUAAGGCAAAAAAGAAAAAAGAAAAAUCUUUAGCUGACAACGCACUACAUCAGUCUGCAGAGACACUAUUGUAGUGUGACCUUUGACCUCUAUGCAGACAUGAACAGAAGACAUUGAUGAACAGUGAUCCAUGAAAUAUUUAUCACCUUUUCGAUGUUUGCCUCUCCGCUCUACCCUUUCCUUUUUAAUAGCAUCUCUUUAUCGAUAUGAUAUGAAAUUCAAAUAAAACAGUGGUUUUUCAUGUUUGACCUCUCAGCUGCAUGUGUUUUUCCUUCAUAGCUCAGUUAGGCCACGUUUACACAUAGCCGGGUAUUUACAAAAACAGAUAUUGCCCCCUCUACGUUUUGAAAAAUACCAUCAUUUACACGA